AUGGUAAAAAAGCCACCCGUGGGAAGAAGGUUUCUGUUAGAUAUAUUGGAAAGCUAAAGAAUGGCACUAUCUUUGACUCCAACGUUAGUGGAAGACCUUUUGAGUUCAGACUAGGUGUUGGGCAGGUUAUCAGUGGCUGGGACGUUGGCGUCAAUGGUAUGCGGGUUGGAGACAAAAGGAGACUCACCAUUCCACCUUCCAUGGGGUAUGGGAGCAAAAGAGUGGGACAGAUACCACAAAACUCAACUCUCAUCUUCGAUGUGGAGCUGGUGAACGUAAAAUGAAGUGAGGACCAGAUCACUUGAAGACCCAUGAGAAACUGCGGCAGUUUCACAAAUUUUGCAGCACAGUUAUUUGUUUGGGCAAUGCUGUUUAAUAGAUAGGGACUUGUUAAGUGGAUUCAUCUCUACCGUUAUCGUACAUUCGUACUUAUAAAUCGAGUAUCAAAAAAAGAACUUAUUGACUGUUGCGACCUUGGAUAAUUCCCCGCUGGCUAAGACAUUGUGCGGCCGAUUCUUUGAGUGUCAUUUUGGCAUUCGUCUGAUGCUCCUGAACUUAAUUCGAAUGGUUGAAAUGGUUGGCUGCACGUGUAUAACUUCGUGCCCAUUGCUGGGGUUUGCCACUUAUCAUUUUGGAUUUUGUUUAGUCCACCCUAUUCUCGUCUACCCGUUACUGACUUUUGCUUGUGUUCAUGUCUUUUUCAUGGGAGAAAAAUGUUGACAUUUUUUAAUAAGAAAAUAAGGUUAGUAUAAAUUUUGCCAGGUUCUUGAGAGUUGAGAUCAGCCCAAAGAAAUCUUGACGGCUAGCUGUUGGACGCCAGCCGUGGCUGCAAGCGGCGCGCCCGGCGCCCACGCGGCCACAGCCACGGCCCAUCGCUUCCCGAGCGCCGAAAUCCAAACACACAAUGCCUUCGCCGCCGCCGCUUCCCACCGCGUGCGCUCUCCUCCCCUUCUCUCCCUCAUUCGCCGGCCACCCUCACCACUCGCGCCUCCCCGCACGCCGCCGCCUGUGUGUCCGCAGCUCAAAACCCAGCACGCCGGGUCUCCCCAAGCCCAGCACUAGCACUAGGCCGCCGCCGCGCCGCCUGCACGGGGCGAACCGCCGCCUCAGCGCCCUGAUCCACCGGGGCGACCUCGACGCGGCGCUCCGCCUCGUGGGCUCCUCGCCGCGCCCACCCGACGUUCCGCUCGCCAACCGGCUUGUCCGCGACCUCUGCCGGCGGGGCCGCCCCGCCGACGCCACGCGCGUCGUCGAGGCUUGCGGGCCCGAGGCCACCGCCGCCACCUACGGCGCGCUGGUCGACGGGUACUGCCGCGCGGGCCUGCUCGAGGACGCGCGCCGCGUCGUGGGCGGCAUGCCCGCUCAGGUUCAGGCCAGCAGCGCGUACGCCUACAACCCGCUCAUCCACGCGCUCUGCGAGCGCGGGCGGGUCGCGGACGCCCUCGCGGUGCUCGACGGCAUGCUCUGGCGCGGGUGUGCGCCCGACGUGGUCACCUACAACAUCCUCCUCGAGGCAGCGUGCAAGGGGAGAGGAUACCGGCAGGCCAUGGAGCUCAUCGACCUCAUGCGCGCAGAGGGGUGUGAGCCCAACGUCGUGACUUACAAUGUCAUCAUCGAUGCUAUGUGCAGAGAAGGCGAUGUAGACCAGGCACGCGAGCUUCUCAACAGCUUGCCUUCUAGAGGUUGCAAGCCCAACACUGUCAACUACAACACUGUUUUGAAGGGUUUGUGUAGCAUUGAGCGAUGGGUGGAUGCUGAAGAGCUUCUAGACGAGAUGGUUCGAGAGAAUUGCCCACCAAACGAAGCAACAGUCAAUGUGAUCGUCAAUACCUUGUCUCGAAAAGGAUUGCUCCAGAAGGUUACUCGGUAUCUAGAGAAAAUGUCAAAGCAUGGAUGCACGGCAAAUGUUGUUACUUACAAUGCUGUGAUCAGUGGGAUGUGUGAGCAAGGGCAUGUGGAUAGUGCCUUGGAGUUACUAAGCAACAUGCAGUCCUUUGGUUGUAAACCUGAUAUUGUCACCUACAACACUCUGCUAAAGGGUUUGUGCAGCGCUGAUCAGUGGGAGGAUGCUGAGGAGCUAAUGAUUAAGAUGUCCCAGAAUGAUUGCCUCCCAGAUAACGUGACAUUCAACACUAUAAUUAGUUUCUUGUGUCAGAAGGGAUUGAUUUUGCAGGCCUUUGAAGUCUUUAAGCAAAUGCCUGAGAAAGGCUGCAAUCCUAAUUCAACCACUUACAGUACAAUAAUAGGUGGACUAGCCAAGGCUGGCAAGAUGGAACAAGCCCUUGAGUUGCUGAAUGAAAUGGCCAGCAAAGGAUACAACACAGAUAAGAUGUAUCAGUUGUUAACUGAGAGUCUGAAUAAAGAGGAUAAAAUUGAAGAGGUAGUCCAGGUUGUUCAUAAGCUGCAAGAUUCAGGCAUAUCACCCCAGACAGUACUCUUCAAUACAGUACUGUUAGUGCUUUGCAGAAAUGGGAAAACAGAUUAUGCUAUUGAUGUCCUUGCUGAUAUGGUGUCCUAUGGUUGUAUGCCUGAUGAAUUGACCUACAUUAUACUCAUAGAAGGUUUGUCUUAUGAGGGCUAUUUGCAGGAGGCAAGAGAAUUGGUAAGCAGGUUGUGCUCAAGGGAUGUUCUUUCUAACAGCUUGAUCAAGAAUGAAGCUUUGUUGUUAGAUCAAAAUAUUCACUCUUCUUGAGUCACAAUUGAUUCAAGGGCAUGUGUCCACUUUUAACAUCGUUGUAUGUAGUGGUGGAGUAGGUUAGCACUUACACAUUGCUUCAAUUUUGAUUGUAAGUUCUCUUUGCUUCAAGCAUGUUAUAGUGUAGAGCUUAGUUCUCCAUCUUUUUUUUUUCUGUAACAAUGUUGUCCAAUAUCAUGCCUGUUUGGCAGAUUGUAGUUGCAUUUUUUUAUGCAUA